AUGGAAGCCACGCUGGGUGAACAGACUGCUGUAGGUUUUUCAGCAGGGACUGAAGGACCUGAACAGCGACAGGAGCUGGAAGCCUCUGACGAAGCUGUCACGUUCAUGUCCGGCAUCGAGCCUGCCGAGCUGCAGAAGUGUGUGUUUGCAGACUCGCUGGUGACUGUAUCAGAGGGGGGGAGAGAGCUGGGGGAGUUCAGUGUGACGGUGGAGUUUGCCCGGAGAGAGCAGCCAUGCAUGAUGCUUCAUGCUCAGAGCCACGGAGCCAUUGAUGACUGCCCCUGUGGGACAGCAGUGACAGCCUACCUAACGACUGACCUGGACGUGCUGGAGGAAGAUCACCAUGAAUAUGUCAAGCUCGAGGGCCAUAGUGUGGACAAGAGGUGUCACAUGGUGCAGUGUGAUGGGCAGAUGGUGAUCCAUAAGGUGGUUGGGGAGAGGGAGGAGGUGACAGAAGAGAGCAUGUCCUAUCCCAUGUCUGUCCUGAGAGGGCUGGUAACUGAGGGCUCCAGCUUGCUGCUGAUGCGCCUGAUCGCUCUGAGGAGGAAGAUGCCAGAAAACAUGACGUUUGUCUCCUUAGACCCAGGAUUACACAUAAUUAACACCUCUUUUAGAGAGCUGGAUCAGAGGCAGCUAGAGGUCGGGGGUGAGCUCCUGGAUGUAUUUGGGGUAGAGAGGAUUAUUCAGUCCAUGGAGGGCAGCCCCAGUACCUGGCAGUGCUACUUCCUGGAUGAUGGGCAUCUGGUGACCAGAGUUCAGGUGGGGUCACCAGUCACCAUGAGACUUCUAGAGUUGCCAUCAAAGGCAGAAAAAGGUUACACACAUCCCCCACACACAUAUUCACACAUAAGAGGUAUGAUUCCAAUGAAAGAUUCAAUCCCCCUUGUGUGGGAGGAAGACAUGCAGAUGCGUUCUAAGUUUCUGGACAGAAAGGAAGAGCUUAAGGCCGACCACUCCUCAUACUUGAGACAGCAUCCAGAGAUUCGAGCACUAAUAUCUGACUUCCUGCAGUUGCUGUUGUUGAGGAAACCAGACGACGUCUUUCUGUUUGCCAGAGAGUACUUCACCCCUUUUGCCUCCAAUCAUCCUGCAGACGCAGACCAGGAAGCCCAGUCCCUCUAGUCAC